AUGGGCGCUCCCGUCUUCGCUAUCGGACUUUGGUGGUUCGUGUGGACGGUGCCUUCUCUCAUUCAGAUGCAUUGGAUGGUCCCCACCGCGUCGCUCGUGUUGGUAGACUACGCGCUGAACAAGUUCGAUACCGUGUUGUAUGUCUAUCUCGCCGAUAAUUAUCUGAGUUACUCGGCUAGUGCAACAGCUGCGGUGCAGUUCCUGCGAGCGUUGCUCGGGGUCGGUGUUGGCAACGCUGGCGACGGGGUUUGUGAUCGUGCCGGUGUAUUUUAUUUGGUUUGGGGAGAGGAUAAGAGGGGUGAGCCGUUUUGCGAGGUAGAGUUUGGAAUGUAG